AGGCGUUUCCACGUUUCAGCAGCCGGUUCCAGAGCAGCGGAGAGCGGAGCAGCGGACACAACGGAGGAAUCACGACCCGAAGCCCGCAUUCCUGCUUUAUUCUCCCCAAACUGUGACUGACAGCUCGUGCAGCCCGUGUCCCCUUCGCGGCCGCGUUGUUUCCCACGCUGAUGAAACACGUUCAUCACUGAGCAGAAGUGAACCCACCAAGAGACCGACGAGGUGGACUUUUUUUUUCCUCCCCUUCUUUUUCUUCUGCUCCCCCUGCGCCGUCUUCUUUCUCCAGAUUCCCACAGAGCUGAUUUCUGUGAGGUUUAGAGGAAAUAAUCUCCCCGCAGACCUCCAUCUCUCUCCUCAGUCUGUAGCUGACUCAUUUUGACCGGGACCAUGGCGGAGUACAGCUCUCUGCUCAGCGACCUGUCUGAAAACAUCACCAACGAGGACUUGGAGCAGCUCAAAUCAGCCUGCAAGGAAGACAUCCCCGAGGACCAGAGCAACAACAUCACCUCCUCCAAGGAGUGGUUCAGCUACCUGGAGAAGAACGACAAGCUGGCUCAGGAUAACCUGUCAUACAUCGAGCACAUCUUUGAGAUUUCACGGCGACCGGACCUGCUGACGAGGGUGAUCGAGUACCGUACCACUGUGCUCAAGAUUUCUGAGGAUGACGAGAUCGACACCAAGCUCACACGCAUCCCCUCGGCCAAGAAAUACAAAGACAUCAUCCGCCAGCCCUCUGAAGAUGAGAUCAUCAAAUUGGCCCCGCCCCCUAAAAAAGUGUGAAGUCACUAUCGCCGGUUCUGAUCUUCGCACCUUGAUUUCUUCACUCCUGGCACUCCAAUCAACCGACCACCCAUUUUUGACCAACCCCGUCACUCCCCCGCCUCACCCCUCUCACACACACUCACCCCCACCCCACAGUCAGCCACCUACAAAGCAACCAA